AGCGGCUCUGAUCGUGGCGUGUCAAGGCGACUCCGUCGGCGCCAGAUUCGGAGGAGGAAAUUCCGCCAGUGGCCGGGAGGACUCGGGGGCGAGGGCGAGGGCGAGGGCGAGGGCGGAGGGAGGGCCGAGGCCGGGCAGCAGGCAGCUCCGCCGCUGGGAGCAGCGUCGCGGCUGACAGUUCCGCGGAUGCCGCAGGUGCUACAGCGCGUGAGCGCCCGCGAGCGGUGAGCGAUGCGCGGGCCGCGGUCGUCGCUGCUGCUGCUGCCGCUGGUGGCGGUGGCGGCGGUGGGCGCGUUCGGCCUCCCGUGGCUGGGCAGCGGCGGCCCCACGAUGCGCGACGCCCAGGCGGUGGUGCACAGGGUGCGCGAGGACGCGCCCCAGCUCUUCAUGGGACCGGAGGAGCUUGGCGGCGGCGCAGGCUUCGGCUGGAGGCGCACACGGUGCGCACGACGACGGCUACCUGCUCACGCUGCACCGCUCGCGCCGCCUGCGCCUCGCCCGCGGGCGGACGAGGGCGACAGGGGCGAGCCAGUGCUGCUGGUGCACCGCAUCUUCUGCGCUCGACCUCUGGCUGCUCACGCCCCGCCACCCCACGCGCUCCCUUCCUGCUGGCGGACAAGGGGUACGACGUGUGGUUGGCCAACCUGCGCGGCAAUCCGUACUCGCGCCGCCACGAGAGCCUCUCCACGCAGGACCUCGCCUUUUGGAACUUCAGCUGGCACGAGAUGGGCGUGUACGACCUGCCGGCGUGCGUGGACCUGAUCCUGAAGGCGACGCGCCGGGAGCGGCUGUUCUACGUGGGCCACUCGAUGGGCAACACGGCCUACUACGCCAUGGCGGCGGCGCGGCCCGACGUGGGCGCGCGCGUACGCCUGCACGUGGGGCUGGCGCCGGCCGUCUUCAUGGCCCAC